AUGGAUCUCGUGGAUACGGAUAGCGCGGGAGCGGGAAACAAAAGACAUAUAUGGCACACCUUGCAAUACAAGCGUUCACCGUUAGCCAUAGCCAUUGACAUUGACAUCGACGUAUUAGAUUGUAUUCUGACUUUUUCUUUUCCUUUGUUGAUUUCCACAGGAUUGACAAAGUUUAUAAUCCAGGGUUCUAUACACUUUAAAUUUCGGCUCGUUUUGGAUUUUAAGAAGUUUAAGCUGUCAAGUAAAAGAAUUUUUUGGAAGUUCAAGUCAGAAAUUGAGGUCGAUUCUAUGGAAACACCGUUGCUUUCGUCAAACGAUGUUGAGGCUGAAGUUCACAAACCGAAGUUUACGGGUUUGGUUUCUACAAUGAAAUCAAACUUUUUCACGGAAUUGCCUCAAAAGCUUCGAUCUCACAUCGAUCCGGAAGACCCUUUUGACAUUGAUGUCUCCAAAGCUGUAGGCCUCAAAAGAGAUGAGAAGGACUACUACGAACGACAAAUAGCAACACUAAAAUCUUUUGAGGAAGUAGAAAGUUUUGUAGCUCGAUCACAAGAUUAUGUCAUAGAUGAAAAAAUCCAAGAAGAAGAUCGAGCUGAGAGAGCUGCACAGGAGAUAGCCAUGCAAAUCUCCAACUGGGCUAACAUUUUUUUACUUUCUCUCAAGACAUAUGCUACUAUAAAGAGUGGAUCAAUAGCAAUUGCAGCAUCGACACUUGACUCUUUGCUUGAUCUAAUGGCGGGAGGAAUACUUUGGUUCACACAUAUAUCAAUGAAGAACAUCAAUAUUUACAAAUAUCCCAUUGGAAAGCUUAGGGUGCAACCAGUUGGAAUCAUCAUUUUCGCUGCGGUUAUGGCCACUCUUGGGUUUCAAGUGCUGCUUGUGGCAGCUGAGAAAUUGAUUACAAAUGAACCUUCAGAAACAAUGAGUCAUGACCAAUUGAUAUGGUUAUAUUCAAUCAUGCUAACCGCAACCGCUAUUAAACUUGUUUUGUGGAUCUACUGCAGAAGUUCAAGAAAUAAUAUCGUCCGUGCAUAUGCAAAGGAUCAUUACUUUGAUGUGGUGACAAACGUUCUUGGAUUGGUUGCGGCUGUUCUUGGGAAUGCUUACUAUUGGUGGAUUGAUCCGUCUGGUGCAAUUGUGUUAGCCAUAUACACUAUUGUCAAUUGGUCUGGGACCGUUAUGGAAAAUGCUGUUUCAUUGAUUGGACAAGCAGCUCCUCCAGAAGUAUUGCAGAAGUUAACAUACUUAGUAUUGCGACAAGGUGCGGAUAACAUCAAACGUGUUGAUACUGUUCGUGCCUAUACAUUUGGUGUUCUUUACUUUGUUGAGGUGGAUAUAGAGCUUCCAGAAGAUUUGCCAUUGAAAGAAGCUCAUGCAAUUGGUGAAUCAUUGCAAAUAAAGCUCGAAGAACUACCAGAAGUGGAAAGAGCUUUUGUUCAUCUUGAUUUCGAGUGUAGUCACAAGCCUGAACACUCUGUUCUUUCAACAAUUCCAAACGAUUUAUGAGAAUUAUGUGUAUAAAUUUAUAUAUGUGUUCUUCCUUUUGUCUGCUUUUGUUUUUAAUUUUUUGUACUUUCUGACCUCUGCAGUUUGGGUUCUUUGGUAUUGAAUUUUUGUUUUAAUAAACUAGUGUUUCGUUGGAUACUGGACAAUGGACAUUUAUGUUUUUGUAUU